AUGCUACCCACAUUCAUUCGAUCCGCUCAACAGUGCUUCUUAGAACUUCCUAUGCAUCCAAUCACCUGGAAAUCUCUGAUUCAGCUGUGUUUCAGCACGUGGCUGCGCUCCUGGCCCGCGGACGCCCUGGAGCCACCCGGCUCGGUCGCAGAGGCGGUGUCCUCCCUGACCAUUGCAGACGCGUUCGUUGCGGCUGGCGAGAGCGCAGCCCCUCCCCCGCCGCUCCCGCCACUCCCUAGGAGGUUCAUCUGCUCUUUCCCCGACUGCGGCGCCAGUUACAGCAAGGCCUGGAAGCUCGAUGCGCACCUAUGCAAGCACACAGGGGAGAGGCCAUUUGCUUGUGACUAUGAAGGCUGUGGCAAGGCCUUCAUCAGAGACUACCAUCUGAGUCGCCACAUCCUGAUUCAUACUGGAGAAAAGCCGUUUGUUUGUACUGCUAAUGGCUGUGAUCAAAAAUUCAAUACGAAAUCAAACCUGAAGAAACAUUUUGAACGCAAACAUGAAAAUCAGCAAAAACAAUAUGUGUGCAAUUUUGAAGGUUGCAAGAAAGCCUUUAAGAAACACCAGCAGCUGAAAAUCCACCAGUGCCAGCAUACCAGGGAGCCACCAUUCAGGUGUACCCAGGAAGGAUGUGGGAAGCACUUUGCCUCACCCAGCAGCCUGAAGCGACACGGGAAGGUCCACAAGGGCUAUGUGUGUCAAAAGGGAUGUUCUUUUGUGGCCAAAACAUGGACAGAACUUCUGAAACACAUGAGAGAAACCCAUAAAGAGGAAAUAAUGUGCGAAGUAUGUCAGAAAACAUUUACGCGCAAAGAUUACCUUAAGCAGCACAUGAAAACUCAUGCUCCAGAAAGGACUGUGUGUCGAUGUCCAAGAGAAGGCUGCAGUCGAACCUACACAACUGUGUUCAAUCUCCAGAGCCAUAUUCUCUCUUUCCAUGAGGAACAGCGCCCGUUUGUAUGUGAACAGGCUGGCUGCGGCAAAACGUUUGCCAUGAAACAAAGUCUCACUAGGCAUGCCAUUGUACACGAUCCCGACAAGAAGAAAAUGAAGCUCAAAGUAAAACCAUCCCGUGGAAAACGGAGUUUGGCCUCUCGCCUCAGUGGAUAUAUCCCUCCCAAAAAGAAACAAGAGCAGGACUCAACUUUGCCUAUAAAUGGGGAGUUGGAGAGCUAUGUGGAAGAUGGGCGCACUCCACAGUUGUAAUACUCGCCCUCUGCUAGGCGUCACCAGGCCUUGGAGAAAGACUACGGACCAGUGAGUUUAGUAUAGCUCAGAAGCCUAUUUUUCUUUAUUAAAAUCAUGGGCACACCA